AUGAAGCACGAGUGGGAUUACGUUUCAGGAGGCAAGACCAGCGUUAAAAUACACAAUGCACCAGGCUGGGAUUAUUCUCAAGAUAAGGUUUAGAAUAAUCUCCAAGGAAAUAAAAAUAACAGCAAUAACUAAAAUUACUAGUCUUCUUACCAAAGAAUGAAUAAUAACGAGAAUUAAUAUGGAGGUGCUUAAUAAAACAAUACAUAUAAUAACUAUGCAGCAGGUGCACCAAGAGGCUAAGAAAAUCCUUUAAUGAUGCAGUAAAUGAAUCAGUAAUAAGCAGCUGUUCCGAGAAUGCAAGAUGACAGAUCAUCAGUAAAAAUUCAUAACCCUCCAGGAGGAAGAAGUAACUUUUAGAUCGGAGGAUAUGGAGGGAAUGAGGAUUUGUCUUUCAAAUAGCCUGCUGUAUAAAACAUCCAACCAAACAACUAAUACUAGAGUUUCCAGUAGGAGUUUGGACAAAUCUUACCUCAAUACUAACCUAAAACAGAAAUUUUUGGAAAUAACAUAUAUAACGCCCCUUAAUAAAUGGCUUCAAACUCUGGCAAUAUGUAUUCAGGAAAUCCGAAACCAAUUAACUAAAAUUAAAAUGAUUAUAGAUAGGGUAUAUCAUCAGGGUAGUAUUAGAGAAGCUCCGAUUUAAUAGGAGGAGGUGGUAGCGGUGGCAGUACACCCAAUUUCGAUCCCUAUAACCCUUCUAGAUAAAGUUAUCAGCAGAAGCCUAUAUAACAAUAAAUUCCACCUAAUCAAAUGCCUCUCUUUGGACAAAGAGUAAUCUCAGGUAAUAAUUGUGGACCGACUACCGAAAAGUCUUCAGUCAAAUUACAUGCUCCUCCAGGGGGUAAAACGAGCAUCUAAUUAUUCUGA